AAGCAUAAAAAAUCAAGUGUAUUUUUUUAUUAAUCGAAAUAAUGCCAUGUCAGCAAUUGUUUAUCGUUUAGGUCGCACUGGAAAAAAGUCCGAUGCAGCAACAACGUCGCAGUCGCACGUGGAGUCAAAUAAUCUAAGCAAUGUUGACCAUUUCAUAAUUAAUACGAGCUCUGAUGAGCUCUACUACUGCGAGGAUUGUGGCAAUCACUUCGAUAGCAUCGAGUCGUACGACAAGACUCAUAGUGGACCCAACGGUUGUCCAGGCGCUGCUGAUUUUGGAUCCCAGGUUACAGUUCAUGCCGUUGAGGUAAAAGAUGAAACUUACUUCGAUGAGGAGACAAUCGACGAUGAUUCAGUUGUCAUUGAGGAUGAAUUAAUUGAGGAACUGGCCGAUGUUAGCGAACCGCAGCUCUGGGAAGUGGUUGACGAUGAUGCUGCCGAAACAGAGUUCAUUCUCGAAGAGGAAGCUAAUCCCGAUCAUGAGGCGGAAGCUGAGGCGGAAGUUGAACCUGAAGCAGAGGAAAGUCCCAACAAAUCGGAACGCUACUUUUGCUUUGAUUGCCAUAGCAUAUUCGAGACACGACAGAGCGCCGAGGAGCACAGCUGUCCAGAGGGCGAGGCAAAUCCCAAAAAGAAUAAUCCAAAAUUUGCCAAAACACAGACUCCAAUCCGUCGCAAAUUACCCGUGAGCAUUGCGGCGGGCAGCAGCAACAACACGAGCACAGUUUGCAGCAUUUGCAAGACAAAGUUCAGUUCGGCCAAGUGCCUCAAGUUCCACAUGCGCAUCCACAACAAGCGUUCUCCCAAAUCCAUACAGGAUGCCUUACCAGUUGGUGCUCAUCAGCAGUACAGCGAACUGGAUCAGUUCUACUGCGAGAUCUGCAACAAGAGCUUUGAGCAGAAUCUGUUGACGGUGCACAAACAGAUGCAUCAGAGUCAGAAUCAGUUCUCCUGCGGCAUUUGUAAUCGCAAAUUCGAUACAGUGACCAACUACGAGAUGCAUCUGAAGAUUCACGAUCGUCAACAGGUCAACAACAGUAGCAACAAUAGUAGCAAUAGCAACAAGACUGCCGGAGGCAAGGAUAAACCCGGAUUUGCCUGUCAGUACUGUGAGCGCGUAUUCCAGCGGCCUUACGAGAAGGUGAAGCACGAGCGGAUCCACACGGGAGAGAAGCCCUACAGCUGUGAGGUGUGCGGCAAGACAUUUCGAGUCUCCUACUCCCUGACUUUACAUCUGCGCACACACACCAACAUACGUCCGUAUGUGUGCACCACUUGCAAUAAGCGCUUCAAGUCGCACACGGUUUACGCUCAUCACUUGCGGAUACACAGCACGGAACGUCAGUACGUCUGUGACAGUUGCCCCAAAUCCUUUCGCACCUCCGUGCAGCUGUAUGCGCAUAAGAACACCCACACUAAGCCGUAUCAGUGCGCCGUAUGCAAUCGUCCGUUUGCCUCGAUGUAUGCCGUCAAGUCGCACAUGGCAACCCAUCGAACUGGCGACGCCAAGAACAUUACCAACGAGGUGAUAAAAAAUCAGCACCUGUCGAAUAAAUACUGGUGCGUUACCUGUGGAGCGGAGUAUGCCCGACCCUUUGCCCUCCGGCUGCACAUGAAGUCCGCCCAUGGGCAUCCCGAUGAUGCGGAUACCCGGCUGGCCAAAGUGUCCGCCACGGACAAUGAUGAAGCCAUUGUGCCGGACACUGAGACAGCCGUACUUAUAGCAGCGGCCAAAGCGGAUUCGGCCUACUUGAAUUCAGCCGACAAUGAUUUAGACGUCUCUGAUCCCAAAUACGAGGAAUGCAUUGUAAUAUCAGCAGAUGGUUUUGAUGUGGAAACCUAUCACAACGAGGAGAUCAUCACAGACUGGCUGAAGUAAAACACAACUUGAAUUCAGAGGAAACAACCAUUUAUUGAAAC